CCUAGUGAUGAAGUGAUUCAUAGUAGUUACUGAGUUUAGAGGAAGAUAACUGUUAAUCUACAAUGGGCUUAGAGAAUUAUAAAGAACUUGUGGCAUCAUGUGCCUCAAUUUGUACAAUGGGUCAAAUGUUAUCUGGAACAUUGAUAUGUAAGGAUAUUUAUAAAAAAGGCUCAUCCGAAGGUUUUGAUUCCAUGCCUUUUUUGGGUGGUAUAGGAAUGUGUAUUUUAAUGCUUCAAUAUGCAUGGAUUUUGAAAGAUAUUGCAAUGAUUAAUGUUAAUGUUUUUGGAUUACUCACAAAUAUGGCAUACAUGGCUGUAUUCUAUUAUUACUCACCACACACGAAACAUAUACUUGCUUUGAUAGGCAAGGCAACAACUUUUGUCAUGGUCUUUCUUGCAUAUGCACAAGUGGAAAGUCCCGAGAAGAUCGAAUUUAGAUUCGGUUUGAUUGUGACAGUGUUAUUGUUGCUCUUAGUAGCAUUUCCUCUCGUACAUCUUAGAAAAAUUAUAGAAACAAAAAAUACGGAUAUUCUUCCAUUUCCGAUCAUAUUUAUGGGUACUAUUGUCACAUUUUUAUGGUUAUUAUAUGGUCUCAUAAUUAAUAACGUUUUUAUUAUCUUUCAGAAUUCGGUAGCUUUUGUUUUAUCUUUGGCACAAAUGUCGUUAUUCGUAAUAUACCCAUCGAAAUCGAAAAACAAAGAAUCCACACAAAAGAAAACGGAAUAAGAAAAGUGAAGUGAAAUUAUGUAAAUAUUAAAAGCGUGUAGAUUUCAACAAAAAUUUUAUCUUCAGCUAUUAAAAUUUAUCUACACGUAUACUGAUUAAAAUAAGUUUUAACAAUUCCAAUAGUUUUAUUAUAUAAUAUACAUCACAUUAUUAGCCACGACUGUGCCUACUAUUGUGCCUAGACAAUUUAAAAAAAAUAAAUAAGAUUUUUUUAAAUUAAA